GAAACCACAAGACAUUCAAAAUGGCCUUCUCCACCACCCUCUACAACACCGUCUUCAAGCGCAACUCCAUCUACUUGUCUACCAUCUUCCUCGGCGCUUUCGGUUUCCAGAUUGUUUACGACGUCGGCACCUCAAGAUUCUGGGACAAGAUGAACGCCGGUAAGCAGUGGAAGGAUAUCCGCCACCGCUACGUCGAGGAGGAGGACGAGGAGUAAAUUUAGGCGAAAAAGUGU